ACAGAAUGUAUCAGCCGUAUCUACUACAGGCCGUACAAUCCCUCCAGACGCUCAGCUCGGACGAGCUGAGAGAUCUGCUGGGGAACGACGAGAAACUGGACGAACGAGUUGAUGAAGCGGUUAAAUCACUAGAAUCGUCGAAGGAUUUGAUAAUCGCGGAAAAUCGUAGCCUCGCAGAGAAAAAUUUGAACUUUGAACCAAAGAUGGUCGAGCUACGAUCGCGGGUGCAGGAACUGGCCGAUGAGUGCCGCACGCUGGGUGAAUCUGUGAAGGAAAAAUCGACACAAUUGGCUUCGAAAUCGGAAAAGAACAAUGCCGAGACUGUGCUUGCCCUGCUCCAGACAGCCGCAGCAGAAAGUGAAGAAGAGUCAGAAAAGAUUGUGAAACAGCUGCUCGAUAGCGAACUAACAGUGGACGCUUACGUAGAGCAAUUCAUGCACAGUCGCAAAUUGAUGCACAGUAGAAAGCUGAAGGCCGAGAAGAUGACCGAGUUGCUUCGUAGCAACAGGCACCCCACUUCUCAAAGAUUUGACGUAGGCUAUGGUCCGGCCUCCAUGCCCUACCCAUCUUCAGAACCCUCACUUCCUGGCGGAUUCUAUGUAACGCCCGGGAUGGCGGCUCCAAGGGCUGCGGUGCCCUAUCCGAUGGGACCUCCAUCGAUGCCAAUGCCGAUGGUCAUGUUUCGACCGCCACAAUUCUAAUCGAAAGCUUUCGUAUGCCUUGACUACUGAUAACUGC